AUGUCAGAAAAAUUAAUCAGACUUCAAUGUGGUUAUCAAAAUUAUGAUUGGGGAAAAAUUGGUUCAUCAUCAGCUGUUGCACAAUUUGUUAAAAAUUCAGAUCCAUCAAUAUCAAUAGAUGAAUCAAAACCAUAUGCAGAAUUAUGGAUGGGUACUCAUCCAUCAGUUCCAUCAAUAGCUAUAGAUAAUGGUAAGACAUUACGUGAACUAGUUGAAUCUAAUCCAACUGGUUUAUUAGGUGAAUCAAUAAUAAAAAAAUUUGGAUCAUCAAAACAAAUUCCUUUUUUAUUUAAAGUAUUAUCUAUUGAAAAAGUAUUAUCUAUUCAAGCUCACCCUGAUAAAAAAUUAGGUGCUCAAUUACAUAAACAAGAUCCAAAAAAUUAUCCAGAUGAUAAUCAUAAACCAGAAAUGGCUAUUGCGGUUACUGAUUUUGAAGGAUUUUGUGGAUUUAAACCAGUUGAUCAAAUUGCUAAAACUUUAGAAACUAUUCCGGUUUUAAAAUCUAUAAUUGGUGAAGAGAUUGCAAAUGAAUUUGUUAGUGGAAUUAAAUCAAAUGCUACUGCUAAUUCAUCAGAUGAUGAAUCAAAUAAAAAAUUAAUUCAAAAAGUAUUCUCAAAAUUAAUGAACACAGAUGAUUCUGUAAUUUCUCAAAAGGCAAAAGAAUUAGUUGAAGAAACUGAAAAAAAUCCACAAUUAUUCAAAGAUAUAGAUCCAAGAUUACCGGAACUUAUUCAAAGAUUAAAUAAACAAUUUCCAAAUGAUAUUGGAUUAUUAAGUGCAUUAAUUAUAAAUUACGUUGAAUUGAAAAAGGGAGAAGGUAUGUUCUUACAAGCUAACAUUCCACACGCAUAUAUUAGUGGUGAUAUUAUUGAAUGUAUGGCAGCAUCAGAUAACGUUGUACGUGCAGGUUUUACUCCAAAAUUUAAAGAUGUUAAAAAUUUAGUAUCUAUGCUUACAUACGGUAGUGAACCAGUUGAAGAUCAAAAAAUGCAACCAUCAAAAUAUACAAAAUCUAAAGGUGAUGCUAAAGUUUCAAACAUUUUUAAUCCUCCAAUUGAAGAAUUUUCAGUUAUACAAACUGAAUUUGAUACAAAAGGUGGUUCCCAAUUUUUCCAAGGUAUAGAUGGACCAUCAAUUAUUAUAGCUACUAAUGGAUCAGGUACUAUUGAAAUUGUAAAUCACCCUGCAUCAAAACAAAAAAUUUCUAAAGGGUUUGUAUUUUUUGUUGCUCCAAAUACUGAAAUUUCAAUAAUUGCUGAUUCUGGUGAUGAAUUUAUAACUUAUAGAGCAUUUGUUGAAGCAUAG